AUGCAAGAGGAAUCGACAGCCAGUUUCGCAGGGAGCAGUUUUGGCGGGACGGCAAGUUUUACAGGCGGCAUGAGCACCACGGGAGAUAUUUUUGAGAGCAGGCUUGAAAGGCUCCUGGACGCCAAACUUGCAGAACACCUUGGUCAAGACGAGGCUACACGCACAAUUCUCGCUCAUUUAGAGCGAAUUGCUGAUUCCGUUGAGGCCCUGGCCGUGACGCGGAGGCCUUCGCAACACAGACCAACCUCACCAAAGGACCCAAGCUCACCCGGGGUUCGAGCGAAGCCACGUCGACCCGUCGCCUCCAUACAGAGCCUGGUGGAGUUGGAGAGCGCUUUUCUGCAGGAGGUUUGCGAAAUCCGAUCUGAACGCCGCAGAAGUCAGGUCGCUCCUGCGGAACAGACUGUCAAGUUUCUGCCGAUAGCACCAGAAAAGAACGACGAGUUGGCACUGCCAGAACCACCAGAAUCCCCAGUACCUGGACUUGUGAACUCCGAUGUUGACGACGCAGAUGUACUGCCGAAAGCAGUUCUGCCACAGUCUGCGCAGAAGCGCCCUCGAUAUCGACAUGCUGGCUCAACUCUUGUCGUCAUGAACCAAGAGUCACAAGCGUGUAUCCUGGAUUCGCAUACCGCGACACACCUCAGCUACCAGGAGCCAGACCCCGUCGAGCUCGACCUGGGUUCCAGGCUGCUCCUAGCCAUACCAGGUUGCCUUUUCUGGGCGGCCGGUAUACCCGUCUUCGUGUUGUCUGCAAUCCUGAUAUUCUUGAAGACCUUCAAAGAGGAGCUCAACACCUCCCAGGCUUUGAGCUUCAGACUGGCGUCUAGCAUGCUCUAUGGUUUGGUAUCAACUUUUUGCGUCGCCCGCUUGCGGAGAGCCCUGCUAUCAGAAGACCUGAACCUGGCAGUGGAUCGGCUACACAUGUUCGUGGCCGACUUCAAACUGCACUGGAGCGAGGUCAGUGGCCAGGAAUGGCGAAAGUAUGUUGUGGCGUGGCUUUGCCUAGUCCUGUGUGGAGUGGUUCACUACAGCUUGGAAAUCUGGAUGGGCCAAAAGAGGGCCACGCAACUUUACGCUGAGGAGCCGGCCUGGAUCUGGUCGGUGUACGCUGUACAGAUCUUGCUCUUGAUUUGCUUUGCAGUGUCCAGUGCCGUCUUCAUGGUGAUCACUUACGUGCAGUCUCAUCUCCUCCUGGGGCUAGACAAAGUCUUGGACUGCUGGUGCGGGCAGAUAGUCGAUUGCCCAGACUUCAUCGAGGGUGUGAGCAGCUGGAAUGCAAUGCAAGCACUACUGAAGUGCGUUGGACGAGAGCUUGCCGGCAGCUUUGUGGCGUUGCAAGCCGUGGGAGCACUUGGCUUCGCCUUCUUUCUUGGUGGAUCAGUAAGCUUUGCAUUUCGCACCGACUUCGAACCUGUGGCACUACUUGCUGAAAUCCUCGCGUCGGUGCCGCUGCCCUUUCUCUUCGUUCUGAACAUGCGUGUGUGUGCUCAUGGGGCUGCUUUGACAGAGAAAUGUCGUGCCAUACCAGCUUUCGUCAAUCAACUCCAAUCCGACUUACCGAACGAUUUCGACCGUCAGUAUUUGGUGAGGUACAUUACAGACAGCUCCGCCGGCUUCUUUAUCCACGACGUGAAACUAACCCAGGAAAUCUUCCUGAAGCAAUUCAUUGUGUUGGGAUCCCUUGUCUCUGGCUUCGUCAGCGUGCUGUCCCGAAUUCUUUUGUGA